CGGGCCGGUCACCUGCGCCGGGUCUGGCGGGUGGGUUGCGUUUGCCAGGGAGGCGGCUGUGGGCGCGGACUCCGGAGAUCGCCGUGGGACAAGGCUUCCUCAUGACUUCUCCUGUGGACCAUGCCCAUGAUCCUUUUUGCCAGUGUGGUGCGGGUGAGAGAUGGACUACCUCUGUCAGCCUCUACUGACUUCUACCAUACCCAAGAGUUCCUGGGAUGCAGGAGGCGGCUCAAGAUCUUAGCCCUGAGGCUGGCCCAGUAUCCAGGUCGAGGCUCUGCAGAAAGCCCUGACUUCAAUAUACACUUCUCUUCUUCUGGGAAUGUGGCAUGCAUGGCUAUCUGUUCCCACCAGUGCCCUGCAGCCAUGGCCUUCUGUUUCCUGGACAGCUUGUGGUGGGAAUUCACAGCUUCCUAUGACACCACCUGCAUCGGCUUGGCCUCAAGGCCAUACGCAUUUCUGGAGUUCGACAAAAUCAUUCAGAGAAUGAAGUGGCAUUUUAACCAUGCAAAUUCCUCUCAGAUGAAAAGCAGCUUGGAAAAAAUUCAAGAGGAGCUCGAAUUCCAUCCUCCAGCAAUUCUCUCUCUGGAGGACACAGACAUAGCAAACGGAGUGAUGAAUGGUCACACACCCGUGUACUCAGAGCCUAUGCCUAACUUCCGGAUGGAGCCUGUGACAGCCCUGGGCAUCCUCUCCCUGGUCCUUAACAUCAUGUGUGCCGCCCUGAACCUCAUCCGUGGAGUCCACCUUGCAGAGCAUUCUUUACAGGUCACUCAGGAGGAACUUGGAAACAUCUUGGCUUUUCUCAUUCCUUUUGUGGCCUGCCUGGUCCAGUGUCACCUGUACCUGUUCUAUAGUCCGGCCAGGACUCUGAAGGUGGUGCUGAUGCUGGUCUUCAUCUGUCUGGGUAAUGUGUACCUGCACGGGCUGAGGAACCUCUGGCAGAUCCUGUUCCACGUAGGAGUGGCCCUUCUGUCUUCCCACCAGAUACUUACGCGGCAGCUGCAGGAAAAGCGAUCGGACUGUGGUGUGUGAGGACCGCGCCAAGUGAUGGAUGGAGUCUGGUUUCCCUUGAGAGUCAGUCCAUGUUUUCACUCCUGCUUCUCAACUUCACCUCAAGUUUCCAUCCUCGAAGUUCCCUUCAGCCAGUCUGGACUAAAACCUGAGGUCAGGGGUUCUGACAGGUGUCAUGAGGCUCCAGGCCGCUGUGCCUGGUGUUUGUGAGGAGCCAACCUCCAGUUGAGUGCACGUGCAAGACGCCGGAGCUGGGGGCUUGUUCAGAGAGUGUCACAGGAAGAUCAGAAUGGGGGUGGUUUAGUCUUUUAAAAUCAAAUGCUAAAAUCAACCACUGGAUUCAGGAAUGCUAGUUUUAAUGGUUGGCAAUUAUCAACAAGGAAACAUUUUAAAGUCAAAACCAGAUUGUGGCCUAAGCAGGACUUCGGCCAGUUUUCCUUAGGGGGUUAGUACAGGGUAAACUAAAUACUUAAAAGUAUGGUUCACAAAUGCAAGCUAGGCAAAUCUUGUUUACAUUUUUGAUAACUUGGGUUCAAUAGACCUUUGUAAUAUUUAAAUAUAUUUUGGAUAUAAAUUGAACUUCAUUUAGGAUGAAAGCAAACAAGCUGAGACAAUGGAAAAGAAAUCUGUGUAUAAAUAACCUUUUAUGGUAGUGGAAUUGUGGGUACAGAAAUGAUUUGUAUUUAUUUGUGGGGUAUAUUUCAAUAUGUUUAAAUUAACUUAAUAAUCAGUACUACUAGUUCAUAAGCUUAUAAGCUGAACAGAAAUGCAAGUUUGGGAAUGCCUUUCAGUUGGGCAGAGUGGAAUAGGCAAGUGACGUGGAUGCAGGGGUCCUUGACAGACAUGGAAGGAGGUGUGGUUAUCAGUUUGGCAGUAGCAGCUGAGUGCCUGCCUUUGUAAGGAUGACAAAUAUGUGGCCCUGAAUCAAUCUUCCUGGAGGGCCUCCCAAAUUAAUUACUCCACACACCUUCCCUGAUGCGCUUAAUUAAUUAAGGGCCUAAUGUCUUAUGAACAGACUCUAAAUAGCAUCUAACUUUUAAAGCUCUGUAGAGAGAUCACCACAUGCUCUAGGAAGUGCUUUCUUCUGUUAUGAAAAGGGUCCUGGUUUUCUAAAACUUGUUUCUGGGUCAGGUUUCUCGCCUCUGUCUCCAGCAAGGCUGGAUUGUUCUUGGUAGAAGUCUGGAAUCUGAAUAGUUCAAAACCAUUGCAUGGAGUAUUUGGGGUUGAAUUAUGUGGCCUGACAAAUGAAAAAAAAAUCCAAUUUUGAUAGUUUUUAAGAAGUGGAAAACCACUGCAAGAAUUCUUGAGCUGGUGGGAGAAGAGCAAGAAUGAGGUUUUGGAGAAUUCAGUGGAUUUGAUUAUCACUGGUGGUGUGCUGUUAGCGAGACAGCCAGGGAUCGUUUCAGGAAAGACAAGUUUAUAUGACUCAGAACUGGAAAUGUUGCCAUAGCAAUUUUAUUUUCUUAUAAUAGAAUGUUCUAUUUUUAACUGAAUAUAAAAUAUCUGGAUGUGUAAGCUUUAUUGGCAACACAUCCUCAGAGGUGAACUUCGGUAUUUUUCUCCAUUUCUUUCAUGCCUGCAUAUACUUGGCUGGAAAAUGUUCAGUCUUCCUGAGGGAAAAUUUUGAAGAGGUAGGAAAAUAGAAUGGGAAGCCAGAGGGGGAGAAAAAUUCUUUCAAUUUGAAAUAUACAGAUUUUAAAGUUGGUUAAAAAUGAACCCAGAUUCGCAGGUACUGUUUUCUUGCAAAGCCUGUGCAGUACUGUGCCCCCCGUCCACCACCCUCGAGGGUCUCGGGCAGGACUGUCAGUCAUCAAGCAUUCUGAAGGUGAGCCCUUGCCACAGGUACUUUCUGCCACACAGGUGCUGGAGGAGACCAUGUCCACAGCUGUUGGAGUGUGGCCCAUCAGUCAACAUCUUGGUGGGGCUUUAGAUCUACUUUUGUAGACAGAAGGGAAAAGACACAGUGGAAACACCACCGAAACAUGGCUCAAUUGGAAGCUAGCUUGCAGAAGCCUCACCUCACCCUAGAAAGAGACUAAGGAGAGGAAAGACAUUCAGGUGAUUUUGACCAAGAGACAUCCCAGGCUUAGGGUUGACUUGGUGCAGGCUCAGAGGUUGGUAGUCCAUUUGAUCCUUGAUGUCUGAAUGGUUCCCUGCCAGGGUUCUCAGCCUGCUAGGGCCUGCCUCACUGCUGUUCUAGCUGCUUUGUUUCCCCAGGGCUCAGAUCCACCCAGCUGGCCUCAGGCCUGGGAAGAGCAACCCUGUGGUGGACAGCACAGCUCAGGCUCAAGGGUAAUGGCCAGCAGGCCUGCAGAAGGCAGCUGCUUGGAGCAUGGGAAGCAGAGUAUGGGGCGUGUGGGGAACAGAAUUGAGGCCCUGUGGCAUGUGGGGGCUGUAUGCUCCUGCUCAUCUUCCAGAUGUCUCCCACAUAGUCCCAUAUACAUCUGGGGCUCUCUGUGCUGUGGGCUGUGAAUGGUGGAGGAAGAAAAAUCAGGUGUGCCCUUGAGUGAGAGGCGGGGAAGGAGCACAGCUGUCAGCUCACCUGGUGGUCUGAGAUUGGAGUGGCUCUUCUGUUCAGUCUUGCCUCCUGGUACAAGUUCAGCUUGUCCUGCCUCAGUGUUCUCAUCUGGGGAAUGGUGAACAGAUCACCCUGCCAUGCUGGCAUGCGGCUGUGAGACUGGGAGUAGCAUGGAGGAGACUGCUGUGUGCCGGGAGAGGGCUGUGCGUCCACCCAUGUGAGGCAGGCAGCAGGCUGCAGCACUGCCCUGCUUUUAUCCAUGGCAUUGUGUGCUGCUACGGUGUAAAGGCCCCUCCUUCUUCCCAGGCCUGCCUCUUCCCACAGACAGAGCUCCUGUCAUGACUGGCAUCCAGUUUACUCCAGGACCCCAGGAGGCUGGCUUUGAGGUUGGGCCCAAUUUCAGUGUCAGUCCCCAGUCCUCACCAGUAGAGCUCUGAUGCUCCAUUGGGGGUGGUGAUGUCAUCCUCUGUUGCUGGGGAAACCUCACCAGCAGGACACCUGUGGAAAGAAGCUGCCAUUUACAUCUGGGAAUGGUGAGCUAGGGACACAUCUGCCACACACACCAGCGGGCAGAGCUGUGGCUCAGGCGCCUUCUAUUUUACCUUAAAAUUAUCAAACCCAUUGUGUUCUUGUAACCUGUGUUUGUUACACACAUCUGCCCUUUAACCCUUUACAUUUCUGAGGUUCUGGAUUGCUUCAGCAGUGCUGUCUGAUGAAUCCUUCACAUGGCUCAGACCCUAGGACUUGAUUUUGUUGAUGGACUUCUCCACUAAGCAUAAACAAGUUAGCUGAUGUUGGGCACACCGUUUGCUCCACACCCUCCAUUGCAGUGCUCAUUGUCUAGUCACCCGGGCUUCUUCCUGUUUCCAGUGACAAGACCUGAUUUGUGUUGGGUGCAUUUUAACAAACUCACCUACAGUGACCCUGAACUUGUGUCAAUGUAUGAACAUUGUACAGAUGUUUAUAUACUGUGUAUAUAAAAAUUACACGAGGUGGCUUAAGAAGUGAACAGAAUAAAUCUGAGGUCUUUGUUUCUGGCUUGCA